AUGGCACCAGCGCAGGUGGUCGACGACGUUGACGUCGACAUGCAUCAGGAGGAUGAUGAGAAUAUGGAGCAGCGCCUCAUCAACGAGGAGUACAAGACCUGGAAGAAGAACAGCCCCUUCCUCUACGAUAUGAUUCUCAGUACUGCUCUCGAGUGGCCGACCCUAACGACUCAAUGGUUUCCCGACGUGAAGGAGCCAGAGGGCAAGAACUACCGUGUUCACCGAUUGCUUCUUGGUACUCACACUUCUGAGGGCAUGCCAAACCACCUGCAAAUCGCCGAAGUGGAAGUCCCCAAAUCCAUCGAGCCGAGCACCGACGACCUCGACGAGGAACGGGGGGAGAUUGGUGGCUAUGGAAAGUUUGGCGGUUUGGCGCCCAUUCGUUUCAACAUUGUGCAAAAGAUCGACCACCCUGGCGAGGUGAACAAGGCGCGGUACCAACCUCAAAACCCAGAUCUCAUUGCCACACUCUGUGUUGAUGGCAAGAUCCUCGUGUUUGACCGCACGAAGCACAGCAUGACGGCUGAUGGAAAGGUCAGCCCUGAGGUCGAGCUCGUGGGUCACAAGCAGGAGGGAUACGGCCUUAGCUGGAAUCCACACGAGGCCGGCUGCUUGGCUUCUGGUAGCGAGGACACUACCGUCUGCCUCUGGGACAUCAAGACGCUGCAGGAGGGUAGCCGCACUCUGAAGCCGGCUCGCAAGUAUACUCACCACACUCAAAUCGUCAAUGACGUGCAGUACCACCCGGUCUCGAAGUCGCUCAUCGGUACCGUCUCGGACGAUCUGACGAUGCAGAUCAUCGACGUGCGUUCGCCGGAGACCAAUAUUGCGUCCUUGUCCGCCAAGCGCGGCCAUUCGGACGCCAUCAACGCGCUUGCAUUCAACCCAGCUUCGGAGGUCUUGGUGGCCACUGCAUCCGCCGACAAGACUCUGGGCGUCUGGGAUCUCAGGAAUGUCAAGGAAAAAAUUCACACUCUCGAGGGUCACAAUGACGCCGUUACCUCGCUGUCAUGGCAUCCCCAUGAAGCUGGCAUCCUGGGCAGCGGCAGUUACGAUCGAAGAAUCAUCUUCUGGGAUCUUUCACGGGUUGGCGACGAGCAGCUGCCGGACGACCAGGAAGACGGCCCACCGGAGCUUCUCUUCAUGCAUGGAGGCCACACAAACCACCUCGCAGAUUUCGCGUGGAACCCGAACGACCCGUGGCUCGUCUGUAGCGCUGCCGAGGACAACUUGCUGCAGAUCUGGAGGGUGGCAGACUCGAUCGUCGGCCGCGACGACGGCGACAUGAGCCUCGACGAAAUUGACCGUUAG